GACCAACUGGAGCUGGGAAACCCACCCAAAGGCAAUUAAGGGUAAAGGACGACAAAAAUAUUUGAUAAACUUUUUUUCCUCUCUCUGUCUUGAACGGGGAAGAAGAGGGAGAAGCCGCAGGGAUGGCGAUGGAGCUAGAAUGAAAGAGCCGACUCUAUCUCGGGAGUAUGUUUCGGAAAAGACUGUGAGGUAUCCCGAGCGAAGAUUUAAUUUGGACCGCAAGGCAUCAAGUCUGAAAAAGUUGCUAAAGAUCUGAGCAAGAAGCAGCCCUCAUCGUGUGGAAACAGCGUGGAAAAGUUGCUGAAGUGACACCGAAACCCUCCAAGAGCAGGGAUAUUUGCGCAAUGACACGCACAUAGGAGAAAGUUUUGGGAAUAUCUCCGGGAAAGUUUUUUUCAGGCGCACUAAAGACAGUUAAAGUCGCCGUAGCUACUUGAUACAGGGAGAUAAGAUUGUAUCACUGUAUCUGUAUCCUGUCCUUGCUGCCGGAGGGCGAUGGGGGCCGCGCCGGGCUCGGGCUGGGAGGAAGGCGAGUUCGAGUUCAAGUUGGUGUUUGAGGAGGACCCGCCGCCGAGGCAGAGCCAGGGGCCAUCCCCGGUGCGCACAGCCGAGCCGGAGAGCUCCGGUCCCGGGGAGGAAAGUGAGGGCGCCCUGCUGCACCUGGACUCCUCCGGCGGCAGCAGCCUGGUUACAGACAACCACUUGGCUGCCACUCAUGCAGGACACUCCAUCAGCAUUCCCAGCCCGCCAUCCUCAGCCAGUCAGCGGGCUGGGAUGCAUUCCCCGCCUCCACGACGGGCCCCGGCCAGAGAGUUCAGCGGGACCUAUGAGAGCCUGCCAGCGCGCUCUGUGCAGGUUUCAGAGUCUCGUGUGGUCGAGUGUCCCAGCAUCCAGAUAACCACCAUCUCCCCUGAGGACGACUCAGCACCCACCAUUUCCAGCUACUGGGACAUGGGAGGUGGGGGUGGGUGGGACCGAGAGCGCCUCUACCUCCCCCUGCUGGAUCCCUUUACCUACCGUGACAGAUGCCCCGGCUCCCUCAGUCCCAGUCCUGCCUCCAGCCCCUCCUCCCGCGGCUGGCUGAGUCCCGCCUCCAGCUGCGACUCCCUCCUGGUGGAGGAGGAGGAGCUCAACGAGGCCGCCAUCAAUUUUGGGCUUUCGCCGUCAUCAAGGCCCACUUCCCCCGGAGGUAAAAAGCGCAGAAACUCCCCCCUGGCCUCCCCCUGUACCUCUCGGAGGGGCAGUUACUCAGAUGAACUGCUGGGGUGCAACCUGGAGGGUGGAGACUCCACCCCUCAGUCACAAGCUCCACCUAGCAGCUGCGAGCUCAGCAUCCCACAGAAAACCAGGAAGACAUCUUUGGAACAGUUGUCUCCCAGGGAGGUGGAUCAGGAGCAGGCUCCAGGCCACAGCUCCCCCUGCCCCCUGCCAGAGACCCAGCAGACCAGGAGAGAGCCCCCCUCACCGGUCAUGGACUACCUCUCUGUGCCCCCCGCUCUGGCGUGGGGCAGGACCCGAGCCAGCGCCCACAGCCCUCUGUUCAGGUCUAAUGCUCUGCCGCCACUCGACUGGCCGCUGCCGUCCCAGUUUGACCAGUAUGAGCUGCGGAUUGAGGUGCAACCCCGCCCACACCACAGAGCCCACUAUGAGACAGAGGGCAGCAGAGGAGCCGUCAAGGCCGCGCCGACGGGACAUCCUGUCGUCAAGCUGUGUGGAUACUCAGAGAGGAAACCACUCUCACUUCAGGUUUUCGUAGGAACAGCUGACGACAGAUCCAUCAGACCACAUCCGUUCUAUCAGAUACACAGGGUGACAGGGAAGAUGGUGGGUACUGCCAGUCAUGAGAGCGUUCAGGCUGGGACCAAACUGCUGGACAUCCCCCUCAGCCCAGAGAACAACAUGACUGCACUCAUCGACUGUGCUGGGAUCCUGAAGCUGAGGAACUCGGACAUCGAGUUGAGAAAAGGAGAAACGGAUGUUGGCAGGAAGAACACACGUGUUCGUUUGGUGUUUCGUACCCACCUCCCUCUAGCGCCCCCUGUAGCCCCGCCUGGCCGGGUCCUGGCUCUGCAGGUCGCCUCGCUGCCCAUCGAAUGCUCCCAGCGUUCGGCCCAGGAGCUGCCUGUUAUCGAGUCCGUCAGUCUCACUUCCUGCUCUGUGGAGGGCGGAGAGGAACUUCUGCUGAGUGGCACCAACUUCCUGCCAAUCUCCAGAGUCCUUUUUAUGGAGAGAGGGACAGAUGGUAAAUUACAGUGGGAGGAGGAGGCUCAUGUCGACCGUGAUAACAGCAAUGAGUGUUUGCUGUGUGUGAGAGUUCCUGCCUACAGUGACCUGUCUGUCAGUCGGCCUGUGUCAGUUAGUCUUUAUGUCUCCAACGGGAAGAGGAAAAGAAGCAGCACUCACUGCUUCAAAUAUCUCCCCAUUAUGUUUAAAGAGGAGGACCCUCUGCUGUCCCGGCCUUCUGUGCUGCCUCUGGACAGGGGGACUGUGUGUCCUGUGGGUGGUCAACCCAGGAUGGACAGAGGCUUCCAUGUGAGAGGUGACCCAAUGGCUGAUGACCGAGGCAUUGGUUUCCACCUGCCCCCUUACCCCUCCACCUACUCUCCACCCUGCCCCACCAUGAGCUACCAGGACGAGUACUGCUCUAAACCCGAUGCUGCGGUGGAGGAGCCCGGCGGGUCCAGAGCAGCCCUGUCCGAGCGUCACCCCAGCUUCGAGAACCUGGAGCUGGGCUUCACCGAGCUCCUCCCCCCUCUGUACCCCCGUGGCCCGCAGCCUCCAUCCCCUUCCCCUUCUCCGUGGUUGGACUCACCCUACCUGUCCUCCUCACCCUCUCCCUCCCACUCCUCCUCUCUCAGCCCGUUCCCUGCCGGCAGUCCUAUCUCGACCUCCCCCCUGCCUCCCAUCCCUACCUCUCCUUACCCCCAGUACUCUGCUUAUCCUCAGGAGGUGUGUCCCUCCCCUCCCUCCAACCCAAGCCCCUAUCAGGACAUCUGCCCGGCACCUUACUCCCAUUAUGAGGGCUGGGACCCCCAGGGAAGGGUGCUGGGGAUGGGACAUGGGGGAGAGAGGGAUGCCAAGAUCCAGGAGUGCCCCUUGGAGUUUACCAGCUCAGUGUCUAUGCACCACAUUACCUUUGAGGAAGUAUCAGAGUUCAUUGGAGAGGACAUCCAGUCUUACCAGUCAGACUCACACAUGGACAACCAGCCAAACUGAGCUCAGAGCAGCCGUUUGAUAUUCAGCAUCCUUUUAAAUCCCAUAUGCACUUGGUAUUAAGAUGCCUCUCUCCAGUUACAUGUGAUAUUGACAGGGGAUUUUUGAUUACCAGGACACUGUUGUAAUUAUGGUCACAGGUAACUGCUACGGUUUUAUAAAGGGAAACUAAUGUUUUUAACAUGUUUUCAAUAUAAAUUAUACAAGAAA